CGCGCUCGCUCCUUCCCCCUCGCCCGCUCCGGCUCCCGCGGCGCCGGCCUCCUCCGCCUCCCGGCGCGCGGCUCUCCCGGGGCGGCUCCGCGGUUCAUGGUGACCGGGCGGCGGCCGCUCGAGCCCAGCGGCGGCGGCGGCUGCGGGGACCGGGGCGCGGGCCGCCUCCCCCCGAGCGCGGGGCCGGGCGGCGGGCGCGCCCAGGCGGCGGGCGGCGGCGAGCGCCCCCCCGGCCCGCGGCCCCCCGCGCCGCACCCCCGCGCGCCCGGCCGCCACGCCGCGCACCCAUGGACGGCCCGGCCAUCAUCACCCAGGUGGCCAACCCCAAGGAGGACGAGGGCCGCGCGCGGGGCGCCAGCGAGAAAGCCUCCCACUGCAACGUGAGCCUGAAGAAGCAGCGGAACCGCAGCAUCCUCAGCUCCUUCUUCUGCUGCUUCCGGGACUACAAUGUGGAGGCCCCGCCCGCCAGCAGCCCCAGCGUGCUGCCCCCGCUGGUGGAGGAGAACGGCGGGCUGCCCAAGGGUGACCAGAGGCAGGUCAUUCCCAUACCAAGUCCACCAGCUAAAUACCUCCUCCCCGAGGUGACGGUGCUUGACUACGGGAAGAAAUGUGUGGUCAUUGACUUAGAUGAAACGUUGGUGCACAGCUCGUUCAAGGAACCCGGCACGCUCCAACAUCCUCCUGACCUGUUUUUCCCAAUAGUAAACACAUUGGUCCAGCCUAUUAGUAACGCUGACUUUAUUGUUCCGGUGGAAAUCGAUGGGACGAUACAUCAGGUGUACGUGCUGAAGCGGCCGCACGUGGACGAGUUCCUCCAGAGGAUGGGCCAGCUCUUCGAGUGCGUGCUGUUCACUGCCAGCCUGGCCAAGUACGCAGACCCCGUGGCCGACCUGCUGGACCGCUGGGGGGUGUUCCGGGCCCGGCUCUUCAGAGAAUCCUGCGUUUUCCACCGAGGGAACUACGUGAAGGACCUGAGCCGCCUGGGACGGGAGCUGAGCAAAGUGAUCAUCGUGGACAAUUCUCCGGCCUCGUACAUCUUCCACCCUGAGAACGCAGUGCCGGUGCAGUCCUGGUUCGAUGACAUGACGGACACGGAGCUGCUGGACCUCAUCCCGUUCUUCGAGGGCCUGAGCCGGGAGGACGACGUGUACAGCGUGCUGCACAGGCUCUGCAAUAGGUAGCCCCGGCCGCCGGCCGCCGCCCCUGCCGCUGCACUCGGACCCGGGCCCUGGGGACCCGCCCGGACUCCGCUCCCCAGGAGCCGAAGUGAGGACCCGCCGCGCUCCAGGCCACGGGGUGAACGUGGCCAGACCUACCUGCUUUAUUUUUUAGAAACAGAAGACAAAACUAUUUUACAAGCGAAACUCUUUUAACGAAUUUCAUAAAGGGACGUGCAUUUUACUGGAUUUGCUUUUCUUAAAACAUACCAAAAAGGGAAGAAAAAAAAGGAGGAGGAGAAGAAGAAAAAAAGAAGAAAAAAAAAGGCUUGAUAUCUCUCAGACUUCCUUUCAACUGUCUUCCCUUCCCCCCCCUGCAGACAGCCUGCCUCCUCCUACCCCAGCUCGGAGCAGCUGACCAGAAUCUCCUUCCUCCGGGAUGAAGUGCCUUUUCCGGAUGUUAUUUUACGCCGAGAGUUAAUUUUUCUAUACAGCAUAUUUCCAGACAUCUUUUAGUCUUUUAUUAUCUCAGAUUCUCUAUCAAGAUAAAGAGGACAAUUUUCUAGAAACUAGGGGGGUGAGGGGGGAGGAGGCAGGGUCUGAGAGUGAGUCCGGGAGGCUGUCUCCCAGCAGGUGGCACGCGGCAGCACCAGGCGCCUGGUGGGAGCUUGUGUGACCGCGUGCGCGUCUCUGUGCGUGGCUGACCCCGUGGGGGACGGGUCUGCCAUCGUGCGGCCCCACACUUGGGGGAGCAGCCGAUGGUUUUAUGUGAGGAUGGUUUCGGAUGGUGACAGAUGGGUCUUGGGAGGUCACAUUUUCCCCUUGAAAAGGGGGCAUCGUGUCACUCCUGCUUUCACACGACUGCCAUACUCGUAUGUGCUUUGUGUUCUGUGUGUGUGUGUGUUGUUUGGGGGUAGAGCAGUUCCCCGAAAUCUCAGACCCUUGCAUCUAAGAAAGAAGAGGAAAUCUGUGUAUUGAUGUUUUUAAAUCUUUCCUUCCCAAAAGCUGGAUACCCACGGAGCUGAUGGGGAAUGUUCUUUGCUGCUACCGCGCUGCCACCAAAUGGAAUUGACCAGCGGCUGUUCCACUGUUCUUUGCCACUGUGCCUCUGCUCAGAGCCCGCUCCCUGCUACGCUGCGCACUCCACAGGGUUAGGAGCCGGUGUCCCACCCCGUGGCGGGCUGGGCCCCCUGCCCCCGGCCACGGCCACGGCCACGGGUAUUCAGAAGGGCGCAGAGAGGGCCAGCACACCACCCAAGGCGGUGCUCAUUCAACACCCGAUGCCGUGAUUGGCCGCCUGUUCUCUCUCCGGAGAACCCGUGGCCUCAGCCAUCCACCACCUGAUGUGGCCCCAAGGCCAUCUCGUGGUCUUCUCUUCCGAAGCACAGCCUGUCUCUGAGCCGGGGGGUGGGGAAGCCUGAACAGACGUGGGGCUCAUUGUCCUGAGUCCGGGAGAGGAGGGCCCCUUCCCGGGGCCGGGGCCCCCUCCGCCGUCUCGCCCGGGGAGACGCUUUAAGCGGUGCCAUGUUCCUUGUGUGACAGCGAGCCUAGCACGUCCGGCUCUGACAGGUCAUUCCCGAAGAACCCCCUCGCUCACCAGCACCGCUGCCUUAGUCCUCCUCCCUGUGGGUGGGGCCUCCGCCGGAGUUCCAACAAGACUGGAAAUGGGGUGUCAGAGUCUAAUUUCUUUUUGGCUGCCAUUCACAACAUGGGGAAGCCAGCUGCCAAUCGCGUCCUCCCGACAGCACCUGGGUCUGUGGACUGCCCGGCUUUCGUAAGUUAAGUGUUCAGGCGUCACCAGGUCCCCCCCACAUCCUGAAUAUUCCGAACCCAGGAGCCCACAUGCCAGCUCACACAGGAACGCCCCCUCGCCGGGCGUGGCCACAGACGGCGGCAGGGGCGUGGCAGAGCUGCCCGUGCCAGGCACCUUGACUGGGGAAACUCCCGUUACACGAACCCGCUGCCUUAAAUGUCUUCUUGAAUGUUUCGGUCCGGCGUCUGCCCUGUGUCAGAACCCACACAGAACGCGGUCCUGCGGAGAGCCUUAGACCCUCCCCUGCGCCCCUCCGUUGUAGGGCAUCACAAGGUUCUUGUUUGCGGGGGGGUGGGGGGGGAGACAGGGAGGACAAAUUCUAGAAUAUUCCAGGGGAUUAGAACCUAGAAGUAGUGCCAGGUGGAGUGGAGACACUUGGCCCAGUGGUUCCUGGAACCAAGCGUGCCAUGCUCUGGCCCAGGGCGGAGGGGCCGGGGGUGGAGCCCGCUCCUGCCACGCGGACACAGAAAUGCUCGGGAGGCCCAGUCCGCCCUCCGCGGGUUCUGGGUUCUGUGCACCUUAUCGGACCACACUCCAGAGUCCCGUUUUUUUUAUUUGAAUCCUUGAUUCCGCUUUAUGUACAUAAAAUCAAAAUAAAGUAUCUAUAUAUCUAUAUAUAUAUAUAUUUUUAAUCAUCUACCUGCAAAUGAAGCAAUAGAUUUCUAAAUGUAAGGCCAAGAAAUGAGAUGAAUGUGUGGGGUCUAUGUUUUCUAAGGUAAAUACGGGUAUUGUUUUUGAUGAUUACCUUUCAUUCAAUCGUGGGCUUUAAGAACUGAAUUGAAACCGAUUCGCUAUUUCUCCGUGCCAUAUACUUCCCACGGUACCAAAAGAUCCCUAACUCUUUAGCCACAAGAGGAACCUGACCUCCUGAGUUCCCAUGAUUCCUCUGUACCAGGCCAAAACACAGACUUGUGGACAAGUAUUGUUUUUCCGCUAGGGUCUGGGCCUGGGUACCUUAGGUGGGGAUCUGUGGCCCCUCGGAUGCCCUGUCGCUGCCCGGGGCCUCGAGAGGAGGUGCCCAGGCACGUCCGAGGCUGUUGCCGCUCUGUCUGCCAUCGCUCUGCGGUCCUGCGUGUUGGUCCGUGGUUUUUCCCAUCCGCUGUUUGUCAGCUGUGCGUUUGAAUCCCGGGAAAGGACACCACCCAUCAUGGCGGAUAGUCGGUGGUGAGGAAGCUCUUUUUGACGGUGCCAUUUCGAUGAGACGACUUGGGAGAUGACAGGCGACGCCCUCGUGACACUGACGGGUCACGGUGGCAGCAUUGGAACUUUGGGUACAUAAAAAAAAAGAAGAAAAAGAAAUCUGUGAGUCUACAGCCUGGCAACGUGUUACAGCAACCCUGCCUCGUAAGGAUAAGGAUGGCUUUCUGAUAAAACCCAGAGCCACACAGCCCCGUGGUCAAACACUCGUGACGUCUGUGCCUCUGCUGCUCACGGUGCUGGGACGGACAGCGGCACGCAGGGAGGCAUGGACAGCUCGAAGCGCUCGCCAUUAGUGGCCUGGGCGAGGCCCGCUGGCUGCCCCUGUCCCUGUGGUACUGCAACUUGAUGGUGUCUGUUCCUGCUCCGUUCUCCAGGGAGCGUCUCCCAGACCAGCACCCUGCCUCCCCCCCGCCCCUGCCCAGGUAGUGGAGAUGCUGGUGUCUGGGUGGCCAUGGGUUUCUGUCGGGCAUUUGAAUGUGAGGAGCAAUCCAGCGCUACUCGGGGAAUACUACAUGUGGAAUGUGCACGUGUCAGGGGUGAGCCUUGUUAGUCAAGAGGUUUGCGAUGAUUUCCUGCCUGCCUGCCAAAAAUAAACACGUGAAACCGCG